GCGGCAGAGACAGCGAGGGCGGCCAGCUCAGGGUAGUAGAAUGUGGGCUGCGGGGUAGUAGAAAGCAGGCGGCGGGGACGGGGGGCUUAGGGUAGUAGAACGUAGGAGGCGGGAACGACGGGCUCAGGAUAGUAGAACGCAGACGGCGGGGAAUGCAGGCUCCGGGUAGUAGAAUGCAGGCGGCCGGAGGCGGUCCCCGGGCUUCGCCGUGCGCUCACGCCUGUGCCCCAUUGCCCUGUCACCCGCAGCGCUGGCCGCGCGCAGAGCCUGAGGCAGGCGGCACCGACGACGACCUCAACAGUGUACUGGAUUUCAUCCUGUCCAUGGGGCUGGACGGCCUCGGCGCUGAGGCCGCCCCGGAGCCACAGCCACCCCCACCGCCUGCGUUCUACUACCCCGAGCCCGGCGCACCGCCGCCUUACGGCGCCCCCGCGGGCAGCCUGGUGUCCGAGCUGCUGCGGCCCGAGCUGGACGUGCCGCCGGGGCCCGCGCUGCACGGCCGCUUCCUGCUGGCGCCGCCGAGCCGCCUAGUGAAGGCCGAGCCCCCCGAGGCGGACGGCGGCGGCUGCGGCUACGGUUGCGCGCCCGGUCUGGCCCGCGGGCCGCGGGGCCUCAAGCGCGAGGGCGCUCCGGGCCCGGCCGCUGCGUGCAUGCGAGGACCCGGGGGCCGCCCCCCGCCGCCGCCCGACACGCCGCCGCUCAGCCCCGACGGUCCCGCGCGCCUGCCCGGGUCCGGCCCGCGCACCCCCUUCCCGCCGCCCUUCGGCGGCCCCACCUUCAGCGCACCUGGGCCUGGCCUGCACUACGCACCGCCAGCCCCAGCCGCCUUCGGUCUCUUCGACGACGCGGCUGCCGCCGCCGCCGCUGCAGCUCUGGGUUUGGCGCCAUCCGCCGCCCGAGGUCUCCUCACGCCGCCCGCGUCCCCGUUGGAGCUGUUGGAGGCCAAACCCAAGCGUGGCCGCCGCUCCUGGCCUCGUAAGCGCACCGCCACGCACACCUGCAGCUACGCCGGCUGCGGCAAGACCUACACCAAGAGCUCACAUCUCAAGGCGCACCUGCGCACUCACACAGGCGAGAAGCCCUAUCACUGCAACUGGGACGGCUGCGGCUGGAAGUUUGCGCGCUCAGACGAACUCACGCGCCACUACCGCAAGCACACGGGCCACCGGCCGUUCCAGUGCCACCUGUGCGACCGUGCCUUCUCGCGCUCUGACCACCUGGCGCUGCACAUGAAGCGGCAUAUGUAGCCUGGACGACCCUCCACCCACUCGCGCACGGCUGUGGCGGGUCCCACGAGCCGGACGCGGCCCCCCGAAACUGUGACUGAUAUUUAUUGGGCCUAAAGAACCGGGCCGGGCACAGCGUGGCCACCGAGGGGGCUCCCCCGACGACUACGACGACAACGCCCAGGCCCCCAUCAGAGACUGAAGACCCGGUGGGAGAAGACCACAAUUCUCCUUGACGAAUUUUGUUUUCAAAAUGGUGCAAUAAUUAAGUGUCGUCUUCCCCCCACCGGGUCUACACUAGAGGAUCGAGGCUUGAUGCCUUGUGAAAAGCAAGCAGCCUUAAUUUGUACUGUCUGCAAAUUUUUUUAUAAUAUUGUACAUAGUGACUGUGACAGAUAUUGUAUUAACUGUAAAUAAGGAGACAGGUGGGCAUUUUGGCUGCCUGAUUCAUUUUUAUAAGAUUUUUGCUGUUUUUUUUUAAUUAAAUGUUUUUGCAUCUUUUUGAAAAAUCA